CCUACAGCUCCGCGGAAAUCUCACCUCCUGACAUCAUGUGUUGCAAGUACUACGGAAACUCCUGUGGGGGCUGUGGCUACAGCUCUGGCUGGGGUUCUGGCUGUGGAUAUGGUUGUGGCUCUGGCUAUGGCUGUGGGUAUGGCUCUGGCUGUGGCUAUGGCUGUAGAUAUGGCUCUGGAUAUGGAACAGGCUGUGGCUAUGGCUCUGGCUGUGGAUAUGGCUGUGGAUAUGGAACAGGCUGUGGAUAUGGCUCUGGCUGUGGAUAUGGAUGUGGAUACGGCUCUGGCUGCUGUGGCUACCGACCAUUUUGCUACAGAAGAUGCUAUUCCUCUUGCUGCUAAUCAUCUCUACGGAUCAUCCUUACGUUUGCAGUGACCAUUCCAAGAGCAAGUUCAGUUUAAAUUUUCCCUAUCCACUAUCUUCACAUCUAAGUAAAGAUUGACUGUGGUCCAUCGACUACCUGAAUGCAUAUAAGAGAAGCUGUUUGCAGUGGAUGGAGACUGAGUAGUGACAUCACAUCACUGAAGAGAGGAGAUCUAUUCUGAUUAAUUUUGAAAUGUAAAUUCAGACAUCUUUUUUCCAUCAUUCUGCCAUGGCUAUUUGCAGAAGCACAAGAGGACUGUAUAAUUGGAAGUAUUAGAAUGGAACA